AUUAAAGAUACAUACUUAGUACAUAGACUACAUACAACAAAAUCUUCCUAGUUACGAUAAAUCAAUUACAGAAAAAUAUUUAUUUAUUGUAUUUAUGUAGAACCUUCAAAAUCGUUGAUUAUGAUUUAAUUUAAAUAGUGUAAUUAUAUAAUAAAAAUAUCGAGAUGCUUUCUGUUAGAGGACAGAGAGUUUUUACCAAAGCAAAAAAAUUAACUUUACGUAGGUAUGCCCAAGUCGCCUUAACGGAGGAAAAUGAGUAUACCGAAACCCCAAACUAUCCUCAAAUUCAAGACAUGUCUUUACAAGCAAGAAAAUUACGAAAAAGACAAGCAGUAUAUGAAAAAAUUAAAAAGAUUGACACAGUUGAAGAAAAGCAAAUUGCUCUAAAUAUGCCUCGUUAUUAUGGAUGGCCAUGUAUUAUGUUAAGAGACGAUCGCUUCCCAUACAGUGCUUUGCCUCUUGUACAGUUCUAUACAAGAACUCAUUUUAAAUCAAUUGAAACCCUUCCUACAGCAUACAGUGAGACUUCAGAAUUAGCAGACUCAAUUGUUAAUGAAAUAAAAUCUCAAGUUGAAGACUGUAUUGUUAUGGAAAACAUCAGUAUAAGGAGGAGUGAUGAUUACCUGUUGAAAGAGUCACAAAAAGAAGACAACCUAGCAAAAAAUAUUGUAAGACAAAUAAACAGGAUUAUAACUAACAAUGCUGCAGAUAAAGUGCCUCACAUAUUACCAUCACAGAUUGAUUAUGAUCCAAGACAUGAAGCAUUUUGGUUUAUGGGAGGUUCUAACGUUCCAGAUAAUGUUGUGAAUUGGAGAAAACAAUAUGCUCCCCUAAAAGAUAGAUUGUAUGAACCAAUUGACCGGCCUGUACAAUAUAAAGGAACACCAAUUUUAACAGUUAGAAAUCACCUACCAUUGAAGCCAUUUGUUCCAUACAGUGAGGCCACAAACCCUGAAUUUAAGGUUGAAAAGUUUUCUUACUUUCCUGAGAGUGUUGGUUAUACUGUAGAGUUUAGACAUGGAACAAACAUACCAGGAUUUUGGCCAGGUGAUAUAGAUGAGUUUGGACUACUCUCAUUUCAUGGUAGAGGACACAUUUUAAAUCGAAAGGAAUCAUAUGGUCCACAAGAUAAUUUAGAGGCCUUACAUUGCCAAGCUAUGUUAGCCAGCUUCGGUUGGUUAUUAGCUCAGGCUAACUACCAAGGAUUUACAUCAUACAAUGACAUAACAUACCCAUUAUCCACUCAAACAGUUAUUACCAAUGGACACUUUAUAUCACUCUAUGCAUACCAACUAAAUACAAUAACCAUGAAUAUUGAUAUGAUUGACAAAAAUUUGAAACACAACAUUUGUUUUGGAACUGCACCAAUGAAAUUAUUUGAAACUAUUGAAAAUAGUCAAGUAAAAGGCCUUAAUCAAGAUGUUUUAAAAAUGCUAGUUCAGUUUUAUCUAAAUACGCCAGAAGCACGUGAACAUGAAAUGAAGCCCUAUCUUGGUAAGGAUACACAGGUUGUAGCUGAUAUAGAAGAUGAUAAUAGACGUUGUUGGCUUGAAGAUAGAUAUAAACAUUUAGUUUCUAAUCGUCCCAAACAUAAUUUACUACCAGAGGUAUAUCUUUGGGAAGACAUUUACAAAAUUAAACACAAAACGCGUUUCUUCGAAGCUAAAAGAAGGCCAUUUGAAUUAGGUGUGAAUCCAUACAAACGCAGACUAGAUGAACAUCUGCCACCGUAUAUACCCAAAGUUUUGAGGCCAUAUCCAAGAGCUAGAAAGAAGUUUGAAACCACAUACUAUCCUGAAGUGUGAAGUCUCUAGUAUAAGAAUAUUAAAUGAAUGUAGAGAAUAAAAUAUGUAACUAUAAA